AUGAAUCCUCGAGAGAGGAAGCAGCUGGUCACUGAGAAGCACCUAUGUUACAACUGUUUGGAUCCUCACUCUGCUACCGCGUGUAAGUCCACUAAGCGUUGCCAAGUAUGCGUGGGUAAGCAUCACACCUCUCUUCAUUCUAACAUUGAGCAAUUUUCUGCCGCUGGUUCGUCUUCCUUAGUGCAGGUACCCAGGGCAAGUCCUGAGGUGGAGAACAGUCUCAAUUCAGAGCUAGCUGACACUUCCAGCAAGGUUAUUCACUGCGCAACGACAUCCUGUUCCGUGUCUGAGUCGAUUUCGGUCAUUCUAGCCACUGCGGAACUCGUGCUGGAGUCAGACCAGGAAUAUCGGACGCUCGUCAGAGCUCUUAUAGAUCCCUGUUCGGAAGUUUCACUGGUAGAAGAAAGCGUCGCUCAAAUCUUGAGACUUUCCAAAAUUCCAGACAAAAUCCCUCCAGAUAAAAUUCCGGUAAUUGGUGUUGGAAAGACACAGACCUUCACUAAAGGUCCACCAAAUACCCCAAUAGCUCAGGCUACUUCACUUGGGUGGAUAUUAACGGGACCCUUACUCGCCCCCCAAAAGAACAAAGCCGAAUCUCAUCAGGCAAUAUCUUUACAAUGCUCAUUAAUGGAUCCGGACUUAACAGAGACACUCACCAAGUUCUGGAAGCUCGAGGAAGUCCCUUCCAACUCAAAACCGCUCACUAGUGAGGAAGAGGCGUGCGAGAAUCACUUCCGAAAAACGCAUUCUCGGGACGCUUCGGGGAGAUACACCGUGUCUUUGCAAUUCAAAUCUUCACCUUCUCUUCUGGGUGAGAGCAAACGAGCCGCUAUUUCUUUUCUCGCGAAGUUAGAGACGCACUUCAACUCAAAUCCCUCGCUACAAAAAGAAUAUUGCGAUUUUAUUAAAGAGUAUGAGUCGCUAAGACACAUGGAGCGUGUACCGGAACAAGAAAACUUCAGUUCAAACUAUUAUUUGCCUCAUCACGGUGUGUGGCGUAAAACUAACGCGAUUACUAAACUUAGAGUCGUGUUUAACGCCUCACACAAAAGCACUUCAGGUCUGUCUUUAAACGACCUGGUACAUACUGGUCCAAAUCUAUUAUCGGAAGUUUUUUCUAUUCUAUUGCGCUGGCGCAGACAUGCUAUAGCUUUCGUGGCGGACAUUGAGAAAAUGUAUCGUCAAAUUCGGGUAUCUCAAGCAGAUUGUGAGUUUCAAAAAAUCGUUUGGCGAAAUUCUCCUACUUCUCAACUCUCUACUUACAAACUUUUAACGGUUGCUUACGGCAUUGCAUGCGUUCCAUUUCUGGCUAUUCGUACUCUACAACAGUUAAGUACAGAUGAAAAAGAGGUUUAUCCGCUGGCAGCUCUCUGUCUUUUACACGACACCUACGUCGAUGACGUAGUAUCUGGAGCAAACACUCUGGAAGAAGCCAUUCUCCUUAGUCAACAAUUAAUUGCGUUGUUAAGGGCGGGCGGCUUCAAACUUAGAAAAUGGGGAUCUAAUAAUCCCGAUCUUUUAAAAAACUUACCAGCGGAUUACCUUGCUUCUUCCUCUAAUCUUGUGUGCAACUUUGACGCAGUUUCUAGUCUCCUUGGUUUGAGUUGGAACACUUCCACGGAUUGCUUUAUUUUCAACCCUCAACCUCGGAAUCUUACUGGACGCAUAACUAAAAGAACAGUUUUUAGUGAGAUUUCAGGUUUGUUCGACCCACUAGGCCUUCUGGCUCCUGUG